AUGUCUGCCACCUCAGGCAAUGCCUCGGAAACCAUUAUCGCAAACAAUCAAACACUUCUCAACAUCAACAUGUCAAAUGUUACCAAACUCACACUCACCAAUUACCUCAUGUGGAAACUACAAGUUAAUGCUCUCCUAGAUGGUUAUGCACUCGCCGACCAUCUCCAUGGAUCUGCCACGAUCCCGCCUAACACGAUCAGUGUUGGCGAUGUCACCUCUGAAAAUCCAGACUACGUCACUUGGAAGUGUCAAGAUAAGCUGAUUUAUAGUGCUCUCCUUGGCACUAUCUCUCUCGCCAUUCAGCCCAUCCUCUCACGCACAACUACUGCCUGUGACAUCUGGAGUACUCUUGCUCAGACUUACGCAAAACCCAGCCGUGGUCACAUCAGGCAACUGAAGCUACUGAAAAACUGGACCAAAGGCAGCAGCACUAUUGAUAGAUACCUUCAAGGAUUCACCACAGGGUUUGACAACCUUGCCACACUUGGUAAGCCAAAUGAAGAUGAGGAUCAGAUUGAAAUGAUUCUUGAAGGUUUACCGGAUGACUACACGUCAGUUGUCGAUCAAGUUGAAGGCCGUGACACCCCUCCCACAAUUGUUGAUCUCCACGAACGCCUUCUGAAUCACGAGGCAAAACUCCUCUCCGCGGCUGUCUCUCCAUCUGUUCCAGCCACUGCAAAUAUGGCUCAACAGCAUACUAAACAACAACAACUACUCUGGCAACAAAUCACACAACAAGUCUCGCAACAAUGGUGCCUCUCAGCCACAUUGGCAACAGACACAACCCCUCAACAACAACCGUGGACCGCGUCCUUACCUUGGCCGCUUCCAAUACUGCAAUGUCCAAGGUCACUCGGCUUGUAG